AUGCUGAGCUCGGGUCUUCCUCCUGUUUUCCUGGUGCUCACAGUGCUGGAGCUGAGCUGGUCCCUGAGUGAGGAAGAAAAGAAGAUAAUCCUGGAUGAGCAUAAUAGAUACCGCUCCCAGGUCUCUCCUCCUGCCAGGGCUAUGAUGAAGUUGACCUGGGACAAGGAGCUGGAGAGCCUUGCUCAAUCCUACGCAGAGAAGUGCAUCUGGGACCACAACAAGGAGAGGGGCCGACGGGGGGAAAACCUCUUUGCUAUGGCCCCAAUGCUGGAACUAGAAUUUGCUGUGGAAGACUGGAACGGGGAGGAGAAAUUCUACAACUUCACAACAUCCACGUGUGUCCCUGGGCAGAUGUGUGGCCACUAUACCCAGGUGGUCUGGUCAGACACAAAACAGAUUGGCUGCGGGGCAAAGUUCUGUGAGAAGAUCGAAGGAAUCGAAACAGAGAACAUGCACCUGCUGGUUUGCAACUAUUAUCCCGCGGGUAAUGUGAAAGGGAAAAAGCCAUACUGGGAAGGACCCCCGUGUUCGACGUGUCCCGAGGGCACAGUCUGUGUGAACAACCUGUGUGCAGGUGCCCUGGACACUGAAGAAAUGGAGACAGACACUAAAGAAAUGGAGACAGACUCGGAACAGACAAACGUGGAUCAGCCCAUGUCUGGAACCACCAGUACCUGCUCAGGGCUUUCACUCUUCCUCCUCCCCAGUGCCAUCCUGGUGGGCCUUCUGCUUUGAAUGGUCUUUCUCAGCUCUCCCUGCUCCAGUCACCAAGGCUUUCUUCAGCACUGGUUGUUCCACAACCCUGCUGGGCUCAGGAGACCCCUCAGACAGUUCGGGCUGACACCUCCCUUCUUACGCUGCCUUAUCUGCUCCAGCCCCGGGCAGUGGCAACCCCGUGGGAACUUGGUCCCCUUCCUGAGGAAAGCCAAGGGCAGGAGGGUGUCUGCCAUAACACUGGUGACCUCGGACACUUCUCCUUUCUUCCUGGCCAGCCUGGGCUUCUGUUCCAUUUGCAAGGUGGGAGUGGUGAGCUGUCCCCCAGCCGUGUGGCCGGCAGGCCCCGCCGCACCGUGUCCCCAGGGACAGCAGGACCCACGCGGCAAAAAGAGACGUGGUGGUUGGCUUUGGUGUUUGUAGAUGAAACAUGGUGGUUGGCUUUGGUGUUUUCUGCUGUUUGUCAGGAUGAGCCUCCAGCAAAAAUGCUCUUUUCCCUUCCCAGUGUGUCUGUUUGUCUCAGAUUUGGGCAAGUUUCAUCUCUUUCCCUUUUUGUCCAAAGAGAGGAUUUUUUAUUUUCCCGUUUCCCUCCUGGUUCUGGUGUAGCUUUGGCCAGAUAUUCUCCCUACUGCUCCUCACACCUCUGCAGCCCUUGCCUCUUCCCUCUCUCCUGUCUCUGCCCCCUGUCCCACUCCUCAGUUAUUGCCAUUAUCCAUUGCCACAGCUUUAUUUUACGCCUGUGCCUUCACCUUUGUGCACGCACAGAAGAGAAACCUUGAGCCCUGAGAGGAGCCACCAUCUCCUUCAUACAGCUUUCCCUUGCAUGGCUUCUUUCUUUGCAUAAUUUCCGUGUAUUUGAAUUUAGGUACAGAUUCCUCUUGACAUAUAAUCUGUGUGUGGUGGAACCUGGUCCAGGAGAAAAAAGUCACCACACGAGUCGGUACAAUCUGAGCUCAAGAGAGCCAAGUGAUGAUGUUACAGGUCAUUAGCGGCUCCAGGACUUGUUGCAGAACCACUGUCCUUAUCUGAGACACUGUGUUUUGUUAUCCCACAUCUCCCUUCACCUGAGGAUUCCCAGUCAGGUGUGUUAAAUAUGUGACAAGCUUUCCAGACUGGUGGGAGGAAGAUAACUGGAAGAUACAGUCCCUUCUCUGGUGAUUGCAUCCUUUGAUUUCUUACACAGGUGAGGUGGAGGAUGACCUGCAUUGUUCAUAUCCUCCCACCUGCUGCUCUGUCCUGUGCACUGAAUAAAUCCUUUUGUUAAAGUC